AGCCUUGCGGCGGAAGUGGAAGCGUUUUCACAGUAAAUAAGCGCCAAGUUCCUCAAUGAAUGACCCAAAAAUAAGUCCUAAUGCUCUGCUGGUUAUAAUCAGCGUCUCUGAGUGACAGUGAAUGGUUUAUCGGCACAGCGGUGUUGGCUGCAGGGCGCAGUAAAAGGCAGGCAGGCUGGCGCAGGUCUCCUGGGGUCUGUGGACGAUGAGAGACAGCGGUGUGACACACACACCCUGGAACAAUGAGCUGACAGUGAGGAAGGUCAGUGGUGGUGCGGCCGGUCGCUUUAUAAGCCCGGCACAGCUCAAACUGAACCGCAGAGACAGGGACGUGGACACGUGGGGGUCUGAGUACACCGCCCCUGUGGAAGAGGACCAAAAAAUGGAUGUGGAUGAGGGAGAUGCAGAUGAGGUUUUCAGGUGGAGAGAUGAAGCAGAGGAGAGCAGUGGACCUGUGGGUCUCGACUCCAGGGACUCGCUCAGUCCCUCUGCCCUGCUAAGGUCUGAUGGACUCUGGGACAGGAAGCAGGCCAGCUGGGGGCUCAGGCCACACCGUUGUGUGAACAUUCGCCACACUUUAGCGUGGCACUGGCGGACCUGGCGACAACGAUCCAAGUGGGCGGGGUCUUUGGGAUACAGGUGGACCUGCAGGAGAAGGCGGAUCCGACGACCGAAACACCGGCAGCUACAGAGUGCCCUCACAAACGGAGCGAGAACUGCAACUGCACAUGACCUGAACAGGACAAACAGACUUCCUGCCGUCAAUGAGAGCACACAGAGAGCCAAUGUGGCUGACGGUGAGGAGCGGAGACCUCAGGAAAAACUGUCCAAUCAGAAUCAGCUAAGCAGCGAGCACAUCUCCUACGUACAAGGGCUCCUGGAUGAGUUUCUGCAGCAGUACGGCAGUCUGAUCCCCAUCCACCUGGACGAAGUGGUGGACAAACUGCAGAGUGUGUUUAACGAGAGCUUCUCACAUCCACACAGGAAGCUGAUAGUGCAGCACUUAAUGCAGUCGUUCCAGCGCAUGUCCGGCUCGGCCAUGGUGCGAGAGUUCCGUGUUAAUUACAAACGCCACGUUCUCACAAUGGAUGACCUGAGCACGCUGUAUGGACAGAACUGGCUCAACGACCAGGUGAUGAACAUGUAUGGGGAUUUGGUGAUGGAUGCCGUACCUGAUCAGGUUUACUUUUUCAACAGUUUCUUUUAUGACAAGUUGAGGACAAAGGGAUAUGAAGGCGUAAAGCGUUGGACAAAAAACGUGGAUAUUUUCCAGAAGUUGUUCCUGCUCAUUCCCAUCCAUCUGGAGGUUCACUGGUCUCUGGUGUGUGUGAAUGUUCCUCAGCGCAUCAUCACCUACUUUGACUCCCAGAGGACCCUGAAUCGCCGCUGCCCAAAGCAUGUGAUGAAGUACCUGCUGGCCGAGGCCAUGAAGCGAGAGCAGAGAGAGUUCUACAGCGGCUGGAAAGGCUUCUUCAAAAUGAAUGUAGCGAGGCAGAAUAAUGACAGUGACUGCGGUGUGUUUGUCCUGCAGUACUGUAAGUGUUUGGCGUUGGAGAAGCCGUUCGUUUUCACGCAGCAGGACAUGCCCAAACUGCGCCGACAAAUGUACAAGGAGCUCUGUCACUGUAAACUCACACUCUGACACACACACAGCCUUUAAUACUCCCUCAUCUGUUCCUCCAAUACCUCUGAAAUGAUCAACAUCCCCGAGUGCCUGACAGCAAGACAGGCUGAGAGAGUGAGACAGCUCGUCCUGCAGUGAGACACGCUGUUUUGUUCCAGAGUUGAUGCUGUUUUUGUUUAGUUUCUUGAAAUGGCAAAUUAAUCUGUUUAAACUCCAGAACGAUGUCAUGCUUUUGAUAAAUUAAAAAAAAUCCUAUUUAA